AGCAUGUAAAACGAAAAAACUAUAUGAGUAAAGUAUGAGUUCAAAACAAAUAUGUUUAUUUUGGAUAUUCAUUCUUGGAAAUACUUUUACUUGUGCAUUAAGUACUUCUAAUGAUUUCCGUUGCAAAUGUGUUUGUCCUAAAGAAGGACCCAAAAACUCAACACAUAUUUUUGUUGUAAGUAAUAUAACACAACCAGAAGACUGCAUCUGUCAAAAUGUAGUCAAACGAGAUGAUAAAUAUUGCUUGAAAUGUGAGUGCAAAUUUGAAACUCGUCAUUCAAUGUUAAUCAAAGUGAUUAUUAUAUUUGUUAUAGCAUGUAUUUCUCUUUUGACUUCAUAUAUGAUUUUAAUUUUCAUCAAGUCCAAAAUUAGUGGAUCUAAAUCUGCACCAUUGAUAACUGAAAAACUAAAAAGACCAAUUUUAAGAAAACGCAACAAUGCUGCAUUAAAUAAACUAGAUCAGACAAUAUCAGAUUGGCAACAAAGUGUUGAUGAACAGCGAUACCGUGUCUAUGGGAAAAAAGAUGUUUUAAAUUAGAGUACUAUAUAUAUAUAUAUAUAUAUAUAU